GCAGUCUGAUUGAGCUGAUGCAGGGCAUCAGGGUGCAAAUGACACUUUUUCCCUUUUUCAAGCGUAUGCAACCCAAUCCCGUUGUGCAUUGGGAUGAUCAAAGCAGUGCGGAAAAGAGAAAAGCUUCUUGUGUACGAUGCUCAAUCGAUUGGAGAUUUUCGGGAUACCGACCCUCUGCCUCUGGAGGAGGAACAGACGGCACGACCCCACCGCAGCCAUCGCCGCUGCCCCAGCAGCAGCAACAGCAGCAGCAGCAGGAGCAGGAGCAGGAGCAGGAGCAGGAGCAGGGGGAUCUCUGUUCUCGAGCAUUCUGACAUCCCGAUCACAGUCAAUCUCUCGGCUGACAUGUCUGCAAGGGGGGCGCGCUCUGCUGGACCAUGUAUCGGGUUGCUGGUGCCUUGCUUUCGACGACCAGCGGAACCCUUUCAUGCUUUCCUCUUUGGGCAGCUCGAGUCUGGUUUAAUUAGGCAAGUGCAGGUUGAACAGCAGGUGAUCAGCUUGGAGGAGGAUCUUUCCGUCUUCACGUCCUCCUCCUCCUCCUCCUCCUCCUCCUUCGCAGCAGCAGCAGCAGCAGCAGCAGAGGCACUCAGAAGCGGCCAUAGCCGGGCGAGUGGAGGGUCUGAGGACGACGGUCAAUCGGCGCAUCCAAUGAGCGGCAGCAGGGAUCUCGAGCUCAAUCGGGAGGGGAAGGGGGAGCGGGAGGGGGAGGAGGAGGGGGAGAAAGCGGUAGCAGUUGAUCAAUCCGGCUUAAUGAUGUCUUCAGCGACAACGGGCGUAGGAAAUGUGGAAGCUAGGUCUCAAAUGGAGGGGGGGGAGGCAGCGCAUCCUGUUGAGGUGUUGGGGUCUAAGGAAGGUCAAUCGUCGUCGCACCCAACGAGCGACAGCGAUCUCGAGCGCAAUCAAGGGGGGGGGGGGGGGGAAACGGCAGGAGUUGAUCAAUCCGGCUUAAUGGUUUUCGCGCCAACGGGCAUAGGAAAUGUGGAGGCUCGUUUUCAAAUGGAGGGGGAGGCAGCCUAUCCUGUGGAGGUAUUGGAGGGAGAGGACGCUCUCCUCUACGGUUCAAAGCAACCUACGACGCCUGCCUCUGUCAGCCACGACGUGGCCGGACAAGGGCCCUUCUCCGCCUCUCGCUCUUCCCCCUCCUCCUCUCGUCCCGGUCAACCCGAUCCCGAUGGCAGCGCAGGCCAACGUAAGGAGAUCGGGACCCCUGUGGACGAAACUGGCGGGAAGAAGGGGACGGACGGGCGAGAUAAAGCGGAAAAAGCGGAAAGAGGCGGUGAGGAGUCCAGUGCUGGAGAAGGAGGUAGCAGAGGGAGAGGGCGGAGAGCGGAACAGGGAGGAGGAGGAGGAGGAGGGGGAGGAGCAGGAGGAGGAGGAGGAGGAGGAGGAGGAGGAGGAGGAGGAGGAGGAGGAGGAGGAGGAGGAGGAGGAGGAGGAGGAACAGGGGGAGGAGGAGGACGGGGGAAGAUGGAUACUGACGAGGAGGACGAUGAGGAAGACGGGAUUGAUGGGAGAGAAGGAAGAGAAGCGAGGAGAGCUAGGAAGCGGACCCUUUGGCAGGCGGAGUAUGGAGAGGAUGAGCUGGAUGCAGAAAUGACCGGUAGAGAGGCAGCGGGGUCUUCCACGGAUGGCCCACGAACUGAAGGCGAGACGCUGGGGAGGAGGGGGAGGAGGAGGAGUAGGCGGAGAAGGAGCAGCUUUUUGGAACAACGAGUCUCUAGUGCCCUGUGGUCCGUUUACUCCCGUCCUUCCCGAAUGCUCCAUUCCUUUCUACGACUAGUUGUGGGCGACGAUGCAAGCUCUGAACAGGAUCGCGGCCGCACCGUUCAUCUGAUUGACACGUGGACCAAUCCCGAGCAAGUCACCUUCCAAUCCAACAUGAUCUCUACUACCAAGUACAGUCUCUGGACAUUCCUUCCCAAGGCGUUGUUUGAGCAAUUCAGGAGAAUCGCCAACGUAUACUUCACGUUCGUGGCCGCUCUCUCACUGACCGAGAUAUCACCCGUCAAUCCCCUAGCUACGAUAACCCCACUUAUACUGGUGUUGGGGGUGUCGAUCAUCAAAGAAGGGGUGGAGGACUGGAAACGAGCGGCGUCCGAUGAGAAAGUGAAUGGGAGGGUGGUUGAUGUGUGGGUGGAGGGAGGGAGAUUAGAGAGCCGUCCGUGGAAGCAUGUAGUGGUAGGUGAUGUUGUGCGGGUGAGCAAAGACCAACCUUUCCCUGCAGACCUGGUGUUUUUGUCGUCUAGCAAUCUUGAAGGACUGUGUUAUAUCGAGACGAUGAAUCUUGAUGGGGAAAGUAAUCUGAAAGUUCGCCGAUGUCUCGAUCAAACGGCGGACAUACGACGCAGGACCAUUGACGACUUGAUUGGUUCCUCCAUUGUUUGUGAGCUGCCUAACGCUUCUCUAUACACCUUUCGCGGUCAUUUGACCCUUGAUUGGCAAGAUCGUCCGGUGGAGAUCACCCCUCUUAGUCUUUUGUUGCGGGGGGCCUCGUUAAGGAACACCGAGUUCGUUUAUGGUGCAGUUGUAUUCACCGGCCACGAGACCAAGGUCAUGAUGAACACAGCACACCCGCCGUCGAAGCGCAGCUCUGUCGAGAGGAGGUUGGAUUAUGUCAUCCUCUUCAUGUUUGCAAUCCUCUUCUUCCUGGGAUCGAUCACGGCCGUCGCUUAUGGCACGUGGCUGGAGAAAUGGGGGUCCAAGUUAUGGUACUUGGACUCGGACCAUUCAUCCAUCUUGUUCGACCCUGAUCGACCGGCUGAGGCGGCGUUACUCAUGUGGCUGACCAGCGUCGUACUGUACGGUUUUCUUAUCCCAAUAUCUCUCUACGUUUCCAUCGAGAUGGUAAAAAUCCUGCAAAUCAUCUUCAUCAACAAAGAUCGUCAGAUGUACCAUGAAGAAACAGACAAGCCAGCAGAGGCAAGGACUUCCAAUCUGAAUGAGGAACUUGGACGGGUGGAUAUCAUUCUGUCUGACAAGACUGGCACUCUGACACAGAACCAGAUGGAAUUUUUCAAAUGCUCGAUCGGCGGGGUUUCGUAUGGCACAGGUACCACCGAGGUGGAGCGAGCAGUUGCGCGGCGUGCUGGACUCUUCAUGCCUUCCGCGUCAGGAUCCCUUUCAACGCCACCCUCUCCCAACCCUCAGAUCAGGCAUCCACAGUUUAACCUCCGGGAUCCCCGUGUGCUGAACCACAAUUGGCUCAAUGAGCGAAAUCCGCAAGUUUUCUGGCGUUUUUUACAGAUCCUGGCCGUGUGUCAUACGAUCGUUCCAGAAGGAGAUAGCGAAGAGAACAUCAAGUAUUGCUCAGAAUCUCCAGAUGAAACAGCAUUUGUAAUUGCUGCCAAAGUGCUGGGUUUCUUCUUCCACAAGCGUACCUCCACAGCGAUAUGGGUUCGCGAGGUCGGACUGGACAGAAAGAUCCGUGAGGCGAAAUACAGUGUGCUCCACAUAUUGGAGUUUAAUAGUACAAGAAAGCGCAUGUCAUUGAUUACGCGAACGCCAGAUGGUGAACUGCUGUUGCUCUGCAAGGGGGCUGACUCAGUACUUCUGGAAAGAUUGAGCCCUGUCAGCUUGCAGUAUAAAGAGGCGACAAUGCGGCACGUGGUGGAGUAUAGCAAUGCCGGGCUCCGGACUUUGCUCUUUGCCUAUGCAGUCCUGGAUGAGAGAUUCUACAGUAGGUGGGAGCAAAAGUACAGCGCCGAAAAAAAGAAGGUGGCGGUGUCAGAAGAACAGCAAGCGAGAAUGGAUGCUCUGUGUGAAGAGGUGGAGAAAAACCUCAUCCUGGUUGGGGCCACAGGAAUUGAGGACAAGUUGCAGGCUGGCGUUCCGGAGGCGAUCGAACGGCUUUUACGAGCUGGACUGAAACUCUGGGUGUUGACUGGCGAUAAGAUGGAGACUGCCAUUAACAUCGCGUAUGCAUGUGGCAUUCUGCGGAAGGGAAUGGACAAGAUCAUCAUUAGUAGUGAGUCAGUGGCCAAUCAAUCUUCCACUGGUACCAGCUCAAGGUUUGCUAAAACAGAUCCUUCAACAACUGCAGCACAGCGAAGAGAACAGGAACGAGCAUUGGUAUCUCGCCAGCUGGCAGAUGGGCUGAAAUCCCUGACAGCUAUCCAAGGGAAGACGAUGAGUGGGGGGGGUGUAAGGCCAUAUGGGCUGAUUAUAGACGGGCAUUCACUGAUCCACGCUCUGUCAGAGACGCUGCAGAGGGAGUUUCUUAAUGUCGCGUUGAAAUGCGAAAACGUCAUUUGCUGCCGUGUUUCGCCGAAACAGAAGGCGGUUGUGACAGAUCUCGUAAGGCAAACAGGGAGAAUAACCCUCAGCAUCGGUGAUGGGGCAAACGAUGUGGGUAUGAUCCAGGCUGCUCAUAUCGGGGUCGGCAUCAGUGGAGUUGAGGGCCAGCAGGCUGUCAUGGCGAGUGACUUUGCGAUUGCACAGUUCAAAUUUCUGGAGAGACUUUUGCUGGUGCAUGGGGGGUGGUGUUACAAGCGCAUAAGUCGCAUGCUUAUGAGCGAUAGGGAGGAACAGCCACCAGACGACCGGAUCUUGCGAUCGGCAAGGCGCCCAGUAGCCCACUUGGCAUUAGGACCAGAGGGCGACAAACAUCUGUUCCGCCAGCUUAGGGAGAGGCAGCAGCAGCAGCGGAGGGCUAGAGCGGCAGAGGCUAGCAGAGCACUUGUGAGUGAGGCCGCAGCUUCAGAAGCCAUGGCUACCGCAGCGCAGCAGUCUACUCAGGCCGGUAGUUCAGGGUCUGUUGGGUCAACGGUUGCUCAGACCCAGAGUCAGUCCACUGGCGUCAUGGUGAGCCAGCCACUGGUGUUAACUCCCGAUGAGAUCGCCAUACAAGAAGCAGCAUUGCAGGAGGCACAACUACAGAAGGCGUUAGGAGAUAUAAAAGCGGAGAAAGAUAGAAUGAUCAGAACAAGAGCCAGGAUGCAACGUAGACAAGCGAACGUUAAUGAGUUAGAGGAGAUGGACCUGACGCACGUAACCGAUGAUGUGAGGAUCAUCCGGUCUGUCCUGCUGAAUGUAGUGGAGAUGCAGGACCAGCAAACAACCAUCCUUCAGGAUAUCCAGCAAAGUCUGGCGCGAGCACCAGCAUCGUCACCAAUGUACGGGCCUGGUGCCUGGCCCGUUGUACAUCCUCCUCCUUAUGUCCCACCGGUGACUGGGCUAUCCCCAUAUGUAGCUCCAUCAUUGGUAGUGAUCGUUUCCCUGGGCAUGCCGCUUUCAGGAGGGGUAUCAGCAGGGACUGGUUUACAGGUUCCUGUACAGACAGUGUACACCCCAUCUCCGUUGCAGGUUGCAAUCACCAAGCAGCCUGCUGUCUCGCAGCCUGUGCAGCCGCAGAGCACACAGCCCCAGCAGCUAGCACAGCAACCUGUGUCACAGGGUCCACAGCCCGGAGUGAUACAGGGACCGGGACAAACACAGUGGGUUCCAAAGACGGUCAUCGCCGCUUCGAAACCCUUCACAGGGGAUAAGAAAGGCGAAGACCUCGACACAUGGUUGAGGAACCAAUUGGCAAGUCAGGCCAACAUAAAUAUGCACAACUUUCCUUCGUUUAGCAAGAUGGCCCUAGACCUUGAGGCGAAGAUAGGGCAUGCACAAGCACCGACUACGGAUGGGAGGAAGAAGACACUGCCUCCCAACUGGAAGGCGAAGGGCCGCUUAAUGUUUGUCGAUAACGAUGGUUCUACUAUCGAAGUAGACGAACACUUCCAGGAAGGAGUAGGUUCACAGGCGGGCAGCGUAGAAGCUUCGGAGGGUGGAGUAGUCGCUGCUGUAGCUCAAAAAGGAAUACUAAUUGUUCCUGCUAGGGUCGAGGUGGUGGAGACACCCUCACCAUCUCGAGAGAUGGCCCAAGCUAUUGACUCCAGUGUCGUCCCGCAAACACGUUCCGACCCAUGGAGCCUCUGUUUGAUGAAUGUGUUUGAGUCCUUAGAGGAGCUAGAGGUGGAGUGGUGUAGAUCAGACCCGCUAGCUUCUUGGACGGUCCUAGUCAAAGCCCCUAAGGGUGAGAUGUUCGUCAACGAGGUUGUCAUUGGUGGCCGCAAGGCUGGGGCCUAUUGUGACACUUGCUCGACAAGGGACUUUAUUAGUCGCGCGUGCGUUGAGAGGCUUCGUUUACAGGGGCGAGUGCAGCGCCUGAGUCGACCUGUGGAGUUGACCUGUGCCAACGAACAGCGCAUGGUAGUCAAUGACUACCUCCAAGAUGUUGAGUGUUGUUUCCCGUAUGCGGGAGGGGACUUGAGACAUUGCGUCUCGUUCCUAGUGAGCGAUGAUCUCCCCAUGGACAUGUUGUUAGGCAUGUACUACCUCUCUGUGGCACAACCUCAGUUUGACUGGGACCGAAAAGUGGUCAAACACACUUUGCCAGGUGGAGGGACCGCCAGAUUGCACAAGUUCAAAGCUAGUAGUCUGAUCGAGUCCCAUGGAUGCAUGUGUGCGGCCGCAUUCUAUAACUAUUAUAAGCAAAAUCUGGAGGAGGGUAUGUACUUGGUUUAUGUCUCUGCUGCAGGCGAGCCGAUGAACAUGCCGCCGGAGAUAGAGGGAGUAGUUGCCAAGUACCCUGAUCUAUUUGAAGAGCCGACUGGGGUUGUAGAGAGGGAGGUCGUCCACGCGAUAAAGAUUAUCCCAGGGUCUAGCAUCCCGAAGGGUAGGAUCUAUCGGAUGUCUCCAGGCGAGCUCGAUGAGCUUCGCCGACAGCUCAAGGAACUCGUAGAGAAGGGUUGGAUCCGGCCGAGUGCCUCUCCUUAUGGAUCUCCAGUACUAUUCGUACCUAAGAAGGAGGGUACACUUAUGAUGUGCAUUGACUAUAGGGGCCUCAAUGUCAUCAUUGUAAGGAACAGAGAACCCCUACCGCGCAUCGAUGAUCUGUUAGAUAGAGUGCAAGGGUGUUGGUACUUCAGUAAGAUAAAUCUGAAGUCCGGGUACCAUCAGAUUGCAAUCCGGCCCGAGGAUCAACACAAAACCGCUUUUCAGACCAGGUACGGUCUGUACGAGUUUGUGGUGAUGCCUUUCGGCGUUUGCAGUGCUCCUGGCACCUUUCAACACGCUAUGAAUCGGAUAUUCCAUGACUACUUGGAUAAGUUUGUCAUUGUGUACCUUGAUGACGUACUUAUUUUUAGUAAGACUGUUGAGGAGCACGUUGCACAGUUGGACAAAGUCCCUAGUUUCCUGCGUCAGCACAAGUUCAAGAUUAACGGUGAGAAGUGCGAGUUUGGCCGCACCCGUGUCUUGUACUUGGGUCAUGAGAUUUCCGCGGAAGGGUUGAAGCCCGAUGACGCGAAGGUGGCCAGGAUUCGUGACUGGCCGCGUCCUCAGUCUGUGACUGAGAUGAGAUCAUUCUUAGGGAUGACCGGCUACUAUCGCACCUUCGUGGAGAACUAUAGCAUAGUUGCUGCCCCUUUGACUGAUCUUACCCGACUUGACACCCCAUGGGAGUGGACUGAGAGAUGCGAGGCUGCUUUCAGCCAUUUGAAGCAUGCGUUGAUGCAUUACGAAGUCUUGAAACUUCCUGAUCCUGAUAAGCCAUUUAUAGUAACUACGGAUGCUAGCCAAUAUGGCAUAGGCGCCGUACUUGCACAACAGGAGGGGAAAAAGUUGAGGCCAGCAGAGUACAUGUCCAAAAAGAUGCCCUCUCAGAAGUUGGCUAAGUCCACCUAUGAGAAGGAACUCUAUGCGGUGUACAAGGCUCUGACCCAUUGGAGGCAUUACCUCCUUGGGAGGUUCUUCAUCCUCAAGACUGAUCAUCAGACCCUGAGAUGGAUGAGAACUCAGUCGGUACUCUUUGAUGCUCUCAAGCGUUGGAUCGAAGUCAUUGAGCAGUAUGACUUCGAGCCCCAGUACAUCAAGGGUGAGUACAACAAGGUUGCUGAUGCCCUGUCGUGCAGACCAGACUUCUCGGGUGCGCUGAUCACUGAGUUUGGGUUUGAGGACACUGUUACUCAGUCCAUGGUGGAAGCCUAUCGAGAGGAUCCGUUCAUGUCCGAGAUCAUCCGCAGACUCGAAGCGAAGGACAAAGUGACUUCUGCUGAGUUUGAGUUGGUCAGCGGCUUGCUGUUCCUCGAGAAGCCUGGGAAUAAACGUUUGUGUGUUCCUAAUAGGGAGUCUUUGCUUAGUUUGUUUUUAGGUGAGUGCCAUGACGCCACCGGCCAUUUUGGGUACAAGAAGACCGCAGCCAAUCUACUGCAGCGGUUUUGGUGGCCCACGAUGAUGCGAGAUGGACAGCUGUGCGUGGAGGCUUGUCAGGUCUGUCAAAGGGACAAGCCUCGUACUCAGGCUCCUCUUGGGCUACUGAAGCCCCUUCCAAUUCCGGAACGGCCUGGUGAGAGUCUGUUCAUGGACUUCAUGGAUACUCUGGCCACCAGCAAGAGUGGGAUGCGACACAUCUUCGUCAUCGUGGAUAGAUUCAGUAAAUAUGCUAGGUUAGUAGCAAUGCCGGAAACAACAAGGACGGAGUAUGCGAUCAGAAUGUUCAAGGAGAACUGGGUUAGGGACUUUGGGUUACCGAAGUCUAUUAUUAGUGACAGGGAUGUCCGAUUUACCAGUGAACUGUGGAAGGCCGCUGCUGCAGAGCAGGGAACCCAGUUGCAAAUGACUUCUGGGAAUCACCCAGAGGCCAACGGCCAGGCCGAGCAACUAAAUCGCGUUGUACAACACCUGUUGAGGCAUUACAUCAAGCCCAACCAGGUGGACUGGGAUGAGAAGCUUGCACUCAUCGCCAGUCUGUAUAACAAUGCGGUACACAGUGCCACCGGGGUGAGCCCGAACAGUUUGCUACUGACUUUCAAGCCUAGACUACCCUUGGAUUUUCUCCUUCCUGAGAAUCAGUUGACUGCUGCACCAGGUACGUUAGAGUUUGCUUACCGCUAUGAACAGAAGAUGCAGCAGGCUGUAGAACAGAUGCAAAAGGCACAGGCGGCUAUGAUAGAAUUUGCGAACAAACACCGCCGUGAGUCUUCAUUUCAGGUUGGGGACAGAGUCUGGGUUAAGUCCUCAGAACUGGGACAGGAGCACGGGAUCUCCCGCAAGCUCAUGCCACAGUACUUUGGACCUUGCUACUUGUUCGCCGCCGCCAUCGAUAUGAAGAAUCUACCGCAAUAAUUCAGAGAAGGAUGGAAAAGUUAUAUCGUUGUAUUUGGGGAGACUUUCAGUCUACAUGCACUGAUAAUGGCCGUGCAUCCGAGCGUUGUUCGUAUGGCUUGUUUCUAGUGCAGUCAAACGAUCCCAUAACAGACGCUCGCUCUUGACUUCGAGCAUAUUCCGACUGGAUAACGGAAUAGUAAACACUUAACACUGAG